GACUUCGGAGCGCACGGGCCGCAGAGGCGGGGAAGCGCGGGAGCGCGGCGGUGGGUGCGCGCGCAUCGCAGGACGGCGGACAGGCUGUGGGGGAGCGGGCAGGAGCCUCAGAGCCGGCGCCGGGCACUGCCCUUUCUCGCGCACGUGGACCUGGGCUGCAGUGAGACCCGAGCCCAGCCCCCGCGCGUGGGGGAGGGGGCAUCGCUGGAGAGUUCCCCUUUUUCUGCAGUUCAGAGCCGGGGGAAGUGAUUGCUCAAAGGUGGGGGCCGGAAGAACCCAGGUUUCCGCGUCUCCCGCCCCCCGAGCCUGGUGGGGAGGGGCAGGGCGGGACACGACACGACACCCAGUCCUCGUCUGCCCCACCCGUUGGGUCCAGCAGCCCUCCGCUGGGCAAGCCGCAGGGGAGGCGCUGCGCCCCCCGGCCCUCGCCAAGCGAGGCUCCGCGCCAGCCUCCCUCCUGGAACGCCGCAGGAGUACCUCCUGCCGUCUGACUGAGUCCCCACUACAGCAGAGCACGCCCCUUCGACAGCCAGGGUGGGGCCAGACCGAAUCCGGCCCUCCCGCCCCCACCCGCCUUUGGGUCGCCGGAAGUCCUUCCUCAAGUCCCACUCACGUCCUCAAUGCUGCAGGCCUAGCUGCCCCUCUGACCAAGUCCCAGGCUGUGGUGAAGGUCCUGGAGUUGGCACCACAGAACCUGGGCAGUCCCCUCCACUCACCCAUGCCCACCCCGCAUGAGGCUGAGAAGCAGCACACAGGGCCAGAGGAGGCGGACAGGCCCCCCCCAAUGUCCAGCCAUGAUGUGGUCCCCCCGGCGGCCCCCAGCCGCAACCCCUGCUGUUUGUGCUGGUGUUGCUGCUGCAGCUGCUCCUGGAACCAAGAGCGGCGGCGAGCAUGGCAGGCCUCACAGGAGAGCAAGCUGCAGCCCCUCCCCAGCUGUGAUGCCUGCACCCCCCCAAGCCCUGAGGAGGUACAGAGCUGGGCACAGUCCUUCGACAAGCUGAUGCACAGCCCCGCGGGCCGCAGUGUGUUCCGCGCCUUCCUGCGGACAGAGUACAGCGAGGAGAACAUGCUCUUCUGGCUGGCCUGCGAGGAGCUGAAGGCAGAGGCCAACCAGCACGUGGUGGAUGAGAAGGCGCGGCUCAUCUAUGAGGACUACGUGUCCAUCCUGUCCCCCAAGGAGGUGAGCCUGGACUCCCGAGUGCGGGAGGGCAUCAACAGGAAGAUGCAGGAGCCGUCCGCGCACACAUUUGAUGAUGCACAGCUGCAGAUCUACACGCUCAUGCACAGGGACUCRUACCCUCGCUUCCUCAGCUCCCCGGCCUACCGCACCCUGCUGCUCCGGGGGUCCCCACAGUCCUCUUCGGAGGCCUAGGCUCCAAAGGGCUCAGGAACCCCACCCUCUGGUGGGCAGACUCAGGGCUCACACUAGUGGCCCCCACGUGGCUGGCCCAGGAUCUCCACCCCUGGAAGCAGCCCAGGCCCAGGGGGAAGUGCCACACCCAUGACUCCACCCCUCACCAGCCUGCUGCUGCCCAGGACAUGUCUCUUGUUGGUAGCAGGAGACCCUCCUACUUGAGCUGUCUGCACUGCAGAACCAGACCCAGAACCAGGUUCAAGUGACAGGACCUGAAUAUAUUUUACAUAUUCAUGAACUCUAAUCCUGGAAACAUCUCCUUACUGUAUGUUUUACCAAGAAAGAAAAAAAAGUUUUCAUAUUUAUCUCCAUUCCUACACCCCCAAAAUGAGAUCUUAUUCUUGAAGGUGUAGUUGAAACAGAAGCCUAUAUUUAUGCCCGCUUUGUGGGGGGAGACAGGAAAAUGAGGAAUCAUCCUUGACUGCUCCCAGACCCUCCCCACAGCAGUGGCCUCUGGAAGCUGAACUCAGCCUCACCCAGGUGGGCUCCAGACCUGGUGUCUGCCUCCUGAGCCCUGAAGCAGGAUCAGGCUUGAGCUGACACAGACUGCAGGAGUCCCUGGUAGGUAUUAUACCUCCCAGAGGGGUGGCCACUAAGGAGGCAACCUUCCCAAGAGUCCCUUGGUGCUGUCACAAUGUUGUCUUCAUCACAGGCUCCAUAAGGCAUCAUCUCAUUCCUCUGAAUUUCUGGGAGCUUCAAUGACUUCAAGCAGGAAUUGGCCAAGGGCCAGGACCCCACUCCCUUGGGGCAAACUGCAUUCUGCCUCCCUCAGUGGAGGCAGGAUGAGGCAGGCUGUCCUAAAGAGGGGGCUGAGCCCUGGCUGCCCAUCCCAUGGGUGGGUGCUGAGCAGGUUGUCUGUAUAUACAAAGCCCCUUCCCCACCUGCCCUCAGCCAAGUCGGUAGGGCCUGCCCCAUGGCACACUCAGGAGAGGCAGCGCCACCCCAUCAUCCUAGCCUCAUGGCACAGGUGAUCUCUCCAAAAG